UUGUUCCCAACAUGUCAGCUCCCGUGGAAAACGUGGUAUACUCAGGCAUUUCUAAAUUUUGGUGAAGUACCGGGUAUACUAGCUGAUUAGCAGAUGAGCAUUUGACAUAUGUCUUUAAACAGACUGUGUUAUAAUUUGUGGUAGAGUAUCCUGGUUAUCAAAAGAGCAAACGUUUUGGUCUGAGUAAUCAGUCUUCAAACGGACUCGGGACUGCAUGUGACGUCAAUGGUCAUUUUUACAAGCAAAAAUCGAGAAGUACAAAUUUGAAAAGAUGAUAACGGCCCGACGAUAUGACUUCUCCCCUAUUACAAGUUACAACAUUAGGUCAACACUACAGUACUGAAUAUUGUUGUCAGGGAGUAGUCGCGCCGAUGUAGCAGGGUAUAUACUGGUUAGGUACUUAGUAUUCUGAUAGUAAAAAAUCACAGUGUCAGUGAAAUGGAAAGUAUAAAAUUAAAGGAACCUGAAAGUGAAAGCAUUGACAUUGGCAUGGUAGACUCUGCCAGUGCCAAUGAAUGCACAUCAAAUGGCGAUGAAGAAGAGGCAAUCUCUGGCUCUCAUCAGCAAAAUACAGGCAAUUGUCCACGCAACAAUAAUCUAACCAUUGAUACUAAACCAGAGCUAGAGACGAACUGCGAUAAUAGUAUGGAUACUACUACUAGGGAUAGUACUGUACCACCAACUAAUACGAUAACUCAUGUGAAACUCGAUGGCAGGAAUAAUAAUGUUACCAGCAAAGAAGAUAUCUUGUCCAGCAGGAAUCAGGAUACUACUACUAGCGGUGGCAUUGCCUUCAGUGACACUAUUAUAAACAAAACACAAGAUCAUAUUCGUAGUAAUCUACCCAUGGAGAUGAGUGCUGUGGGACAGACCAUCGGCAAUGCAAGCUUGAUCAGCAAUAAAGAAGGAGAGAUCACCUGCAGUAGGAAUGAGCAAAGUUGCACGAAUGUGAAUGCUACAGGGACAGUUUUUGAAAAUGAGAUCCAUGUUCAGAAUCAUAAUGAUGGACUGCCAUCCAUCAGAAGCGUGUGUACAGAAGUGAAUAUGAGCAACACCGUUUCACACAAAUCAGAUAAUAGGCUUAACCCAUGUAGGAUUUCUCAAGAUGCAACUGAAACAAAUGUGAAUGAAUCCUCAUCUGACUCUGGUACAGAAGAUAGUGACAGUGACAGUAAUAGCAGCAAUGAUGAUGAAACCCCAAUUAUUGUAACAUUAGAACAAGAUUCUUUGAAGAGAAAUACUGGAGAUACUGAGCUACAAACUACUACCACUAUUAAUACUAUUAGUAUUGAUAGUUCUAGCUCAUCUGAUUCAUCAAGCUCUUCUUCUGAUUCCACUUCAAGUGAUGAUGAUGAAGUCCAAGAGAAACAGCAACUGCCAACUACCAAGGUGAAUAAGGGAAUGCCAGAUGGAAAAAUGGAACUGCUAGACGAAAUGCUACCUAUAGUAUGUAUUCCUUUUAGUUAAAUUUAGCUCCAUGUUACUGGAAAUAAUCACAAAACAUCAAC